CCAGUGAUCAUAAAAUUAGCCUCAAGUAUGAUUUAUUUUUCUGAUUUAUUAGCCAUAUGAAGUCAAUUUUUGGAGACAUUUUUAGGAAUUUGGUUGGUAGUCAUAUUUGCUUUGCUACCAAGAGUAAAUGUACCAAGUCUUGUCCCAUCAAUAAAUAUGAUCGCAUUAGCAUAGGCAAUGUGUGCACAGGAACCAGAAUGAGCUCUUAGUAGAUGUAGCAGCUCACUUCUGUAGACACAUAAUGAACUCUUAGAUGUAGCUCACUUCUGUAGGCACGUACCUUAAGUAAGGAAAACAGCAUUUCUUUCAUGCAUAUAGGAAGGGCCGUUUAAUUAAACACAAAGGGCAGUGUUUGUUUCCUUGCUGUUUCAUCUUGUGCCUGCCUCAGUUUUAUAAAUCACAGUCCAUCCCGAUGAUUUCCUGAAGAACAAAGGAAUGACUAGGUUUUAGUUCUCUGAGAUGAGGCUAAAUCUUUAAACUUCUCCAAGAGGUCAAGCAUUUAAAUUAGGGGAUCAGUUUUGUUUUUUGUUUUUUCCUUCUGAAAACGUUUCUAGUUAGCACAGAUGCCCAGUAGUUACUUUGAACCCACAGGUAUUAUGUGGUUAAGAAGUAGUUAUUAAGUGGUUAUCUUGAACUGAGGAGUGUGAGUGCUUACCCAGCUUUUAUUGAUAAAUGUGCAAGCAGCUCAGGCCAAGACCUGCUAUGGGGAGCCCUUUUAGCUAAGGAGUUACAAAUCAGGUCCAUAUAUAUAUAUAUAUAUCUCACUUCGACUUUUAGGCAUUAUCAAGUAUAUGAAAAAUGUAUCAGCAAAACUAAUUUUGAUUUGUCUUAGAAUGUCAGAUUUAAAUAUAUGCAGCAAGAAUGGGUAUAGAUUUUUCUUUUCCAUAUAUUCACUCUGCAUAUUGCAGAUGACUAUUACAUUGUCAUGAAGCAAUCAACUUGAGUAAAAAGAGAAAAAGGAAUAAUUUUAGCAAUCUUAAAUGCCUGGUAAUUUUUAAAAAAAUGUAUUCUAUAGGUGGUCAUAGUGUUGUCAGUUUCAAAAGGAAGCCUAAAAUAAUUCCUCUUGGUAAAAGUACAAAUUAUUUUGAGCUGUAGUUCAUUGCUUAGGGCGUUCAAUGGGACAAGAGCUCUCAUGACUGCUGUGGUUUGGAUCCUAGAAUAUUGCUCAUAUUCACUGGCAGUUUGCUCAGGGUGUUCAACAGAAAUACUUGGUGGUUACUUGCAACUAUGAAGCCAGGAAACUUGGAGUUAAAAAACUUAUGACUGUCAGAGAUGCAAAAGAAAAGUGUCCCCAGCUGGUCCUCGUGAAUGGAGAAGACUUGAGUCGCUACAGGGAGAUGUCAUAUAAGGUCACAGAACUGUUGGAGGAAUUUAGUCCAGUUGUUGAGAGACUUGGAUUUGAUGAAAAUUUUGUGGAUCUAACAGAAAUGGUUGAGAAGAGACUCCAGCAGCUCCCAAGAGAUGAGAUUCCAUCAGUGACCGUGUCCGGCCAUGUUUACAAUAACCAGUCUGUAAACCUGCACAACAUCACCCAUGUGAGACUUGUGGUUGGAUCACAGAUUGCUGCAGAGAUGCGGGAAGCCAUGUAUCAUCAGCUUGAGCUCACUGGCUGUGCUGGAGUGGCUCCCAAUAAACUAUUGGCAAAGUUGGUUUCUGGUGUUUUUAAACCAAAUCAGCAAACAGUCUUAUUACCUGAAAGCUGUCAAGAUCUCAUUCACAGUUUGAACCACAUAAAGGAAAUGCCUGGUAUUGGCUAUAAGACUGCCAAACGUCUUGAGGUGCUGGGAAUCAAUAGUGUGCGUGAUCUCCAGACCUUUUCAGUCAAAACAUUGGAAAAGGAAUUAGGGAUUUCAGUUGCUCAGCGCAUCCAGAAGCUCAGUUUUGGAGAGGACAACUCUCCUGUCACACCUUCAGGGCCACCACAGUCCUUUAGUGAAGAAGAUACAUUUAAAAAGUGUUCAUCAGAAGUUGAAGCUAAAACUAAGAUUGAAGAACUGCUUUCCAGCCUUUUGAAGAGAGUAUGCCAUGAUGGAAGGAAGCCCCAUACAAUAAGAUUAGUCAUCCGUCGGUACUCUGAGAAACACUGUAAUCGUGAGAGUCGCCAGUGUCCUAUUCCUUCCCACGUCAUUCAGAAGUUAGGGACAGGAAAUUAUGAUGCAAUGACUCCCCUGGUUGAUAUCCUUAUGAAACUUUUUCGAAAUAUGGUAAACGUGAAGAUGCCAUUCCACCUUACUCUUCUCAGUGUGUGCUUCUGCAAUCUGAAAGCACUGAACACUGCUAAGAAGGGGCCCAUGGAUUUCUACUUAACGUCUUCCCUGUCAACCACGUCCCACUCCGGCAAGCGCAGUUUUAAAGUGAAAGACAGUCACAAUGAAGACCUUUACAAAGAGAAAGAAGCAAACUGGGAUUGUCUCCCAAGUAGAAGAAUUGAGAGUAUGAGAACUGGGGAAUCCCCACUGGAUACCACGUAUCUUUCAAAAGAAAAAGACACAAGUGACUUUCCGCUCCAGACCCUUCCUGAGGGUGUUGACCAAGAAGUCUUUAAGCAACUUCCAGCAGACAUUCAAGAAGAGAUCCUUUCUGGAAAAUCCAGAGACAGUCUCCAAGGGAAAGGAAGUUUAAGUUGUCCACUGCAUGCCUCUAGAGGAGUAUUGUCUUUCUUUUCUACAAAGCAAACGAAAGCUGCUGCCUUAAACCCCAGAGAUACUGUGUCUACUGGCAAACGGGUAUCGGCUGUGUCUCCCUGCGAGCCAGGAACAUCAGGAUUGAGUACCAGUAGUGCUUCCCAUCCAUCAUGUGGAAAGGAUUGUUCUUAUUAUAUAGAUAAUCAGUUAAAAGAUGAGCGCAUGAGUCAAGGACCUAAAGAGUCUCAAGGAUUCCACUUUUCCAAUACAAACCCUGCUGUUUCAGUGUUUCAUUCAUUUCCAAAUCUGCAGAGCGAGCAACUUUUCGUCAAACACCGCCCUGCAGAUAGUCACAAGCAGACAGUAGCCACCACGUCUCAUCAAGGACUAGUAGAAAAUAGAGAGCAAGAUUCUGCCGAUGAAAAACUUACUUUCCCAUCUGAUGUUGAUCCUCAAGUUUUCUAUGAGCUACCAGAAGAGGUGCAAAAGGAACUGAUGGCAGAGUGGAAGACAGCUGGAGCAGUGCUCCACUCUGUACAUAAAUAAGCUCACUCGGGAAAAGGGCCAGAAAGCAAGGGAGUCAUCAGUCUCACAUUAGCUUCCCAUAAGCUCUUUUUAUUUAAAAGCUACUAUUCAGUGAUGUAGAAAUUCCAAUGUAAGGUGUUCCAAAUAAAGUAACAAUGCGUGCAGGAGAUAGAUUCUAGCAAAAAAGAAAAAAAUAUCCAUAAUGUGAUAAUGUAAAAAAAUGCUAUCUUCCUGUUAUUUCUACAGCUGUUUUAUAUCAUUUUCCAAUAAAAGGAAUAUCAUGGUCAA